UUGAAGUUUCUCAGCAUACCUUUCUCGGCCUUUUGGCUAAGAUCAAGUGUAGUAUCUGUUCUUAUCAGUUUAAUAUCUGAUACGUGAGCCAUUGGCUCACAUGAUAUUAAAUUAAUUUUUUUUGGGGUGAGAGCUCAUUUACAGUAGCUUGCUGCUGAGGCUCUCGUGCGUCGCCCAAGCGUUGCAGUAAAGCCCGGGCUAGGCGCUCCCCACCCAAUCCAAGUUUAAGUUUAUGGUAUUCGAAGUUCGUUCAACAAGUGGUGUAACGCAUAUUAAGCAUGAUUUUGCAAUGUUUUCCUGAAUGGAAAAAGUUCAAAAUCAAGUAAUUUUCAGUUCUGUACCCAAUGCCAACAUCCCAAAAUUAGAGGUGCUGAGUAAUCUUACCGGAACCAAUUGCCUAAUUUUCAUUAAAAGAAAAGCGAUUAAAAACUCUAUAUUUAAAUAUAAACUGUUUUGACAUUAACUGUAGUUAUGCGAUUGAAGCAUAUACAAUGAUUGGUAGAAUAGCUAUUGAACUAAAAUUGUUGUCCUCCAACAGAAGAGAAGAUUGGGGGAAAAAAAAGAGAGGACGCCAUUCUUUUUGUCUACCCUUUUUUACCUCUAAACUCAUUUCAUGAUCUUUUCCCCAUCAUAGUUCAUCAAUUCCUUCAUCCUCUAUCUGAAAGAGAAAGAUGGAGGAUAGGAUGGCUGGUAGGUAUUGGUGUCACAUGUGCUCUCAAAUGGUGAAUCCAAUGCUAGAGCCUGAGAUCAAAUGCCCUUUUUGUGAGAGCGGAUUUGUGGAAGAAAUGACCAGCAUAAGACAUAACUCCAACACCAAUGGCAUUGAUUCAGGAUCAGUGAACACUCUUUCCCUUUGGGCUCCAAUCUUGCUCGGUUUGAUUGGAGGUUUAGGUUCUUCGCAGUUCCGUAUCAUAGGCAGGGAGCAAACCAGUGAUAGCAACUCACAGGAUGCAUUAGAUGAUGAACUAGGAAGAGAAUUUGAAUCCUUGCUUAGGAGGAGGAGAAGAACUUCGGCUUCAGCUUCAGCUCUUCGGAUGCUUCAGGAUAUGCGUGCUGUCGCAGCUUCUGAAUCUGAGAAUUCUGAAAAUGGUAGAGAUAGGAGUGGUAGAAUGAUCUUAUUCGAUCCAUUCAAUGAUGAGGCCUUAAUUGUUCAAGGUUCAUUUGGGUUUAACCAAGGACAAAACUCAAGCCAUAGGGCAGCCAGCUCUUUUGGUGAUUACCUGAUGGGAACUGGUUGGGAUCGUUUGUUACAGUAUUUGGCAGAAAAUGAUCCUAAUCGCUAUGGAACCCCACCAGCACAGAAAGAAGCAGUUGAAGCAAUGCCAACUGUUACUGUAGAGGACAGUGUGCAGUGUUCUGUAUGCUUGGAGGAUAUUGAGAUUGGUAGUGAAGCAAAGGAGAUGCCAUGUAAACAUAAAUUCCAUGCUAGGUGUAUUUCUCCAUGGCUGGAACUUCAUAGCUCUUGCCCAGUAUGCAGGUACCAGCUGCCUUCGGAUGAUUCCAAGAUUGAGGCAAAUGUCACCAGAAAUAGUGAAGGAAGAGUUGGCAGUAAUGAUGCCCAAAGUAGUAGCAGGGUAGGAACUGGAAGAAGGUAUUGGAUCCCUAUUCCAUGGCCAUAUGAUGGUUUACUCACAUCACCAGGUCCCCAAAGUGAUUCCAUCUCAGCUCCCUCAUCAGAGGCCAUGCCAGGAAGUGCAAAUGCAGCUCAGACAGAUACAGAUGAUAAUUAAAAAUCUUUUCCUUCAGAUGAUUUUAUUAAG